CUGCAAGAGAGAUACAGACAUGAUCUAUCCGCACUUGCUGUCACCGCUACCACUGGGGUUGCAGCUGCAAACAUAGGUGGUAGUACACUGCACUCAUGGGGCAGCGUCCUGAUCAAAAAUUGCGAUCUCAGCCAACAGCUUGAGCACAUCCGCAAGGGAUCUGGCGUGCGACGAUGGUUGUCAGUGAGAACAAUCAUCGUCGAUGAAGUGUCCAUGCUCGAUGGUGAUCUAUUUGACUUACUGCACGACAUCGCAAAAGUGCUACGGCCUACCACAAAUCGGCCAUUUGGCGGGAUCCAAGUACUUGCAUGCGGAGACUUCUUUCAGGUUUGUUCGCCU